AUGGAUGUAGCGAAUAUGCGAGAAGGCUUGUCAUUUGUACCGUCCUCUGAAAUUGAUUCUGAGCCUCCAAAAGUAAAGAAUAAGAGGGGGGUCACAACUUGCAAUAAAGUUGUGCUGGCCACUAAAGAUGGGGAUAAGCUAGAGGUUUAUUUUCCCAAAACAGGGACAGAAGCUGUAGGUAAGAAUGCUCGACAACUAGUUAAUUUUUGCGGGGUGGUUGUGAGAAAACAUGUUAAGUUGAGCAGUAAGAGUUGGGAUGACGUGGAGGAAGCAAUUCGCAAUAAACUGUGCUCUUUAGUGGAGGAUAAAUUCAAGAGCAAUUGCAGUGAGAAGCUUAGAUAUUUUAUAUCGAAGAAAUUCAAAAAGGCAUAUUCAACCAUGCGUUACAACAUGCACAAGAAAAUUCAAGGGAUAGAUGAAAGUCAAAGGGAGAGUAAUGUUCCUGAAGGCGUUGAUAGUGCAGACUGGAAAGAUGUUGUUGCUGAGUGGAAAUCCGAACCAUUUAAAAUAGAUCCAGAAACUGGGAUUGAGAAGUCUGCCGACGAAGUUUGGCGUGCUCAGCAUAUGAAAAAGAAUGACGAAGGAGAGAUGGUGUGGUGUGAUGAGACAUCAAAAGCAAUUUAUGAAAAAAUAAAAGAGAUCAUUAACUUUGGAACUUUGUUGUCUAACAAAGAGAUAAUACUACAAGCCAAGGGCAAGCCCUCAUCUCGACGUGCUAAGAGACCAAAAACCAUUUUAGUCGGGGAAGAAGUUAGAGCUGGAAUAGUAAAGGAGAUCUACCAAGAGUUAAAACAACAGUUCGAUGCACAAUUAGAAGAAGCAAAUAAGAAAUGGCAACAGAAGUUUGCUGACCUCCAAGCGCAACACGAGGAAGACAUGAGACAAUUAUUGCGUCCGAAAUGA